AUGAUUGGAGUUUUCAACACAUACUUCCUCGGGCUCUCGGCCUGCGGAUUCGACUCUCUCUGGGGCUCCAUGAUGCGUAACGGAGCAGCCCAAGCGAUAGGGACAAUCAAAUCCACCGGGCUGCUUCCCAGUGGGGAUUUGCUGAGCAAGAACAUGACUGGAGUCCCUUGGAUUGACAAAUGGGUCCUCCCACCGGUCAUUUUCUACGACUCUCUCAUGUACGCACGUCAGCCUGUGCACCGGGCACUGCUCGUGAGCGUCUUCACUACCAUGCAGUCCACUGCAUUCGCAAUGCUCGUGAAUGGCGCUGAAGGAGGCCGUCUCCCCUGGUGGUCGCUCAUGUAA